CUAGUUGAUGCUCUGUAUGUGAUGACUCCUUCCAUUCUGGAGAGGAUCACAGAUACAUGGAUCCUGAGAUUCAAGAUCAAGCCGGGGACGAGUGCUGCCAAUGAUCUUUUAGAUUGGUUCAGAAGCUUUAAGUUAACCGUUCUCUAUUCUCUAUAAACUGGUUUAAAUUUGUCCGAAGCCUUUCUCUAGUUGCAGAAAGUACCGCAGCAGGUGGACGUGUUGAUGGACCUGCUCCCUAUGAUGGUGAGAAUCAAUACUCCAACGUAGGCUACCCCGCUACAAAUAAAGUUGCCCCCCGUGGACGUGUUGAUGGACCUGUUCCCUUCAACGGUGAUACUUGUUAUGCCAACGCAGCGCCGAUAAAUGCCGGUCAAACUCUGGAAGUAACCCAGCUGCCCCAGGUGGACUCCAUGAUAGACCUGAUCCCUAUGGUGGUGCAAAACCUGUCAAUAAACAUGAUACUCGAUACCCCAACGCAGGCUACCCUGUGACAAAUAAAGAUAGGUCAAACUGGUAGGAACACAGCUGAUGGACCGGUUCCCUAUUGAAGUGCUUCUCAUUACGCAGACCCGACAAAAGACGUUAAGUCUUCCAACCUAUAGACCGGUUUAUAAGCAUAACAUUUACUUUGUUUUCCAUAAACUCAAACCUCUCUGGUUUCAGGUCAGUCUGGUAACCCAGGAUCUGUUUCUAGUGGCGUUGCUCCUGAAGUGAUCUAUGGUUAUGGAGGUUAUCCUUUAGGCAACAUGGACGGAAGUAACACCGCUCCUUCAGGACGUGUUGAUGGACCUUUUCCCUAUGGCGGUGCUACUCGUCAUACCAAUGCAAACCCAGUGCAAAAAGAUAGUCAGUCUGGUAACCUAGGAUCCAGUCCCAGUGGCGUUGCUCCUGAAGUGAUCUCCUAUGGUUAUGGUUUUUAUCCUUUAGGCAACAUGGAUGGUGCCCCCAGUGGACUUGUUGAUGGACAUGUACCCUUUGGCGGUGAUACUCAAUACCCCAACACAGGCUUACCCGUUACAAAUGAAGUUGCCCCCCGUGGACGUGUUGAUGGACCUUUUCCCUUUGGCGGCGAUACUCAAUACGCCAACGCAGCUCCGAUAAAUGCCUGUCAAACUAUAAGUAACCCAGGUGGACUCGAUGAUGGACCUGUUCCCUUUGGCGGUGUGACUCAUUACUCCAACGUAGGCUACCCUGUUACAAAUAUAGGUCAAACCAGUAUUAACACAGCUGAUGGACCUGUUCCCUACGAACCGACGGAUCCUGUGGUAUUUCCCUGGGCCAAAACCUUGUUCAUGAAACCGAACAACUGGAAGCCACUUUUCCGGGGUUACGCCCAAUGGGAACCAAUCACGGAGACCCCGGCGAGCGAUAAGUCGUCUCCGCUGUCUUCGUCCUACAUAGUCCAGUCCAGAAACAGCUACAUCUAUUAAUAAACAACUAGAAUUAUUAGCUUUAAAUAUCGACGUAGCAAAGGGGCAACAGGUCAUGGUGGUGGGAAGUUACAGACCCCCCUCAGCUGUCAAGGACUCCUUGUCUUCGCUAGCAAAUCUUUUAUCUCAACUAGACUACAAGGAAAUAGUGCUACUUGGAGAUUUUAACUGCAGUGUCAGAGGAUUUUAAAAACCUUUGUAUCUCUCUGAAUGUUACUCAGAUUGUUGACAGUCACCCUAACAUUAAGUUCCCUAAUAAAUCAUCCCUAAUUGAUCUCAUUUUAACUAA